AUGCAACGUGCCGGUGCCACGCCCAGUUCGCCCGCGGAGAAUAUUCUACUGCAACCGCCUAUUUUUUCUACGCCACCGCCACAAUCGACUUUAAUCUCACAAAAUGAAAAUGGCGAAUUAUGUCGAGUGGGAUUAAAACCAACUCCGUUUUGGCCUGAUCGUCCAGCGCUUUGGUUUGCACACCUGGAAGGACAAUUUUUACUGGCACGUAUUAAUUGUAAUAGCACAAAAUUCUACCAUGUUUGUGGGCAAUUGGACCGACAGCACAUAAUAGAAGUGGAAGAUAUUAUUGAGAACCCACCCAAAGAAAAUAUGUAUGCUACACUAAAGGCGGAAUUAAUACGUAGACUUUCAGCCACUCAGGAGCAAAACGUGAAGCAAUUACUUGAGUUUGAAGAAUUAGGUAGUCGUAAACCUUCUCAAUUCUUACGACACUUAAGACAUCUAGCGGGACCCAAAAUACCGGAUGAUUUUAUUAGAACCAUAUGGUCAAGCAGACUCCCGCAGAACAUACAGCCGAUAAUAGCUUCACAUCAAGAUAUGCCUAUUCAAAAAUUAGCAGAAUUAGCGGACAAAAUUCAAGCUAUAGCUUCACCGUCUGUGACAAACGUGGCAGAGAUCCAUUCAGAACCCACGAGCUUCGCACACCAGCAACCGAGCCCAUUAGAAAGUAUGUCAGUACAAAUAGCAGAACUUAGCAGGCAAGUCGCAAAACUUACAAUGCACGCGUCAAGACGAACAGGUUAUGGAGGCAGAAGUACAACACGCUCCCGCUCCAGAUCAAAACCCAGGAAUAAUGGUAUGUGUUAUUAUCACAAUAAAUUUGGUGUAAAGGCGAAACGUUGUACCACGCCUUGUUCGUUUAAGGCGGAAAACUACACAGGCAGCCAUUAG